AUGGAACCGUAUUUAGGAAAACGUCACAGUCUGUUUGUAGACAAUUGGUACACCAGUUCACAUCUCUUCGCAUACCUACACAAAAAUGACACAAACGCGUGUGGCACGGUGAAAAAGAAUCGAACAGGAAUGCCUGCACUAGACCAUAAACUUGCUAAAGGUAAUGUUCAAACAAAAUCAUCGCGAUGCUUGUUGGCACUAAAAUGGCAAGACAAACGCGAAGUGCGCAUGCUAACAACCAUGCAUGAUGCUGUUGUUAUUGGCACUGGAAAAAUCGACAGAGAAACCAAGGAAGAAAAGAAAAAACCUCAUUGUAUCGUUGAUUAUAAUCAAUAUAUGGGUACCGUAGAUCGAAGUGACAUGAUGCUCAGUUCAGCAGAAUGUGUUAGGAGGACUGUAAAAUGGUAUAAAAAAGUGUUCUUUCAUCUUUUUGACAUAUCUCUGUUCAACGCCCAUGCGCUGUAUAUGACUGUCACAUGUAAAAAAAUAACUUUAGGUCAAUUUCAACAUCAGGUGAUAGUUCAAAUUUUACAAAAGUAUCAUAAACCUAUACACAGUAAUAAACCAGGACGACCAAAAGCCUCAGACUGUGACAAUCCCCUACGGUUAACUGAACGUCAUUUUCCAUCUCUUGUUCCGCCCACCGAGAAAAAGAAGCAUGCUCAAAAAAGAUGUGUUGUGUGUGCAAAACAUGAUAAAAGAAGUGAUUCUCGGUAUAUGUGUUCUAAGUGCAAUGCUGGACUUUGUUUGAUACCGUGUUUUGAAAACUAUCACACAAUUAAAAAUUAUUAA